AGGGAUCUAGCUAAUCAGUCGUCGCUGAUAACUCGUUCGAGAAUAGCUUUUAGUCGCUAUUAGAGUUGAAAUUAACGUAGGUGUGACGGUAGAAUAACGACCGAUAGAUUCAGGGACACAAGUUCGGGAAAUUUUCAAGUCCCAACAAUUCAGAAUAUACGAAAUCAAAGUCGAUUGUUGCCACAAGGGGCGUAGCAAAGAUAAGCUGCAAUCGGUUUUUGGGAAAUAGACAAAUGGAGCGUUCCGUCAUAGUAUUAUCUAAGCUUCCAAAGUUACUUGGUCAUCUAAAAUCCAAGGUUCCUAAUGUCGCGUUUCACAGAGUUACACCUGGAUCGCAAGAAGCAGUUUCCGAAUUGGAAAAGACAGAAAUCUUAAUAGCUGACGCUGAUCUCCUAGCCUCGCACUUGGAUCACUUAAAAUCAUUGAAAUGGGCUCAAUUGACUUGGGCAGGAGUAGAUAAACUGGCGGCCCAUUUGGCAGGGAGGAAAAUCCCUUACCAGAUAUCCAGAUACUCUGACGAAAGAUUCGGUUUCGCGAUGUCGGAGUACACGGUAUCGCAUAUAUUCAAUUUCGAGCGAGAUCAACGCCAGCAAUACGAGAAUGAAAAGAACAAGAUCUGGUAUAAGGGCGGAAAAAUUGAGGAGCACAGGCUAAUCUGCGAUUUGACUAUAGGAAUCUUGGGAAUCGGAAGCAUAGGAAAACAUGUGGCCCAAAUUCUCAGUUCAUUAGGAGCAACCGUUUGGGGACUUUCUCGGACUCUGCCAAAGGAAAAAAUAUCCUGUUUGGAACGUCACGUUACCACCAAAGAACUCCCGGAAAUUCUUCGGGUCAGCGAUUAUAUCGUGAGCGUGCUUCCUUCCACGCAAGAGACCAACGGUCUUUUGUACGGUGACGUUCUCGAACAUUGUAAGGAGAAACGACCCGUUUUUAUGAACAUCGGUCGCGGGAAUACAAUCCGAGAAACGGACAUCAUUCGAGCUAUUGAAAAUCGCUGGAUAUCCGCGGCUAUUCUAGACGUUUUUCAGGAGGAACCGCUACCGCCGAGUAGCCGGCUUUGGUCUAUCCCGGAGGUGACAAUAUCUCCCCACAUUUCGGGAGUGACGAAUUCUAUCGGCAUCGCGGAAGCCUUCGCUAAAAAUCACGUCAAGUAUCUCAACGGGGAAGAAAUUCCCAACAAGUUCGACGCAAAUAGAGGAUAUUGAAGAUUUGAUGUAUAAUUAAAUGAAAUAAAAAACCGAAUUGAGAGCGUCUUA